AUGACGAAACAUCAACCAUUCAAAGAGGUGGAAGCCUCCCGACCCGAUUUCGAAUUAUCGUACAAGCCCCAUUACACUAAGACUGCCGAACCGGAUUUUCGCCCAGGGCAAGGAUUAAAUGAUCUUCCAUACUCGAAAGAAUUCAAAGCUAGUAAAGAUGGAUUUAGAAGUGUUAUACCGGAGAACGAAGAGAAAUCGGAUAUAUACAAGAUGAUGAUUUCGGGUGUCACCCCGAGACCAGUCGCAUUUGUAUCUACCCUAAGUGAAGAUGGUAUAACCAAUCUCGCUCCCAUCUCCUAUUUCAACGUGUGCGCCCACAAUCCGCCGAUCGUCAUGAUAAGUGUAGCAACAGGGAAACAUCAAGAUGGAUGGAAGGAUACGAACCAUAAUAUCCUGACUACCAAGGAAUUCUGUAUAUCAAUCAUUUCUGAAUCAUUCCUCGAAGCUUCCAACUAUACCGCUGUGGACUGUCCACCUGAAGUGGACGAAUGGGUAUUGUCAGGUUUGACUCAAAGAUCUUCAGAGACGAUCAAACCUCCUCAUGUGGGCGAAUCGGCAUUCUCGAUGGAAUGUAAUUUACAGCAUUCUUAUGAGGUCAAGGAUGAUCAAGGGAAUUCUACGAGUUUGAUCAUUCUAGGUAGAGUCAGGAGAUUUCACAUCCGUGAAUCCGUACUCGAUCCGAAUGACCCUUUCAAAAUUCUUACUGAGAAAUUGAGACCUGUCGGUAGAUUAGGUGGGAUCUCAUAUUCACGGACUAAUCAGAUGGUAGAGAUUCCUCGUCCUGUAUGGGAUCAGGUGAAAGAUACACCCGAAGUGAAAGAGGCUUUGAAGAAUGGAGUCAAGAAAUUAUGA